AAGUCUCAAACUAAGAAGUCUUUCUGUUUUUAGGGGAAUUGAGAGAAAAAGGAGAAAAAGAAAAUAUCGUUGAUUGUACAAAAACUGUGAAGUAAUCGGGUUUUGCUCAAUUUGGUUAGAUCUUUGAGGUUCACUUUUGUGGGAUUGGGUGGCGACCACCACAACCACCACCACAUCUACCACCUCCUUUCCCAUCCGCCAUUGAUUUCUGUCUCACCUUUAUUUUGGUAUUGUGAUUUCUUUUUCACCUGCUUGCACUCACAGACUCGCCCCUUUUUUGUGUCCUCUCAACAGCUUCAUCUCUCGGGUAUCGAGCCCAUAAAAGAGAAGCAGUAGACACUGUAGACUAGUGAAAAGAAAAAGAAAGAAAGCAACGUAUCAGUAAUGGAUUUCCAUUGCAUUGGCAUCAUCUACGUACGUGGGAGGGUAAGAAUUUUUUUGAAACCUGUUGAUAAAUACACAGCCACCCCUGUUCUUUCUGCCAUUAUAGAUGAGUACGCGCAGCUGCAGAAUUUACAUAUGAGAUAUCUUUUCGUACAAUAGAGGAGUUGAGCCGUCCUGAUUGAGAGAAGUAAAAUAAAUUUUUAGACGGGGAAGUGCUUAUUUAAAUUUUUUUUUGUUUUGGUAAAAACUCUUUUUAAGUCCUUAAAUUUAUCUCAAAACAGCAUUUAAGCUCUUUAACUAAAAAUAAAAUAAAUAAGUUUUUUAACUCCAUUAAUGAUACAAAUAAGCCUUCUUCAUUUAUGGGUGUUCAUGCUUUCAAGAUAAUAUUAAAUAUGAAACACCGUUUGGUCAGUUUAUAAAAAGGAUUUAUUUGUAUUAUUAGUAGAGUUGGAGAGUUUGUAUAUUUUAUUUUUAGUUUAAGGAUUUAAAUGUUAUUUUGGGAUGAAUUUGAGCGCUUAAGAAGAGUUUUUUUCUUUUUUUAUUUUACUUUUUUAUUCAUUGGGUUUCGUUACUUGGAAUGAAACUGGAAACUGGAAACUGGCAAAGAAUGAAGGCAAAAUAAUGACAUUGAAUUCCUUUUCCCGUAGAACCGUGCUAGUUGGUGUUAGAUUAGACUCUAGAGAUUGGCAUUACUCUUUCUUCUUGCUUUUUUGCUUAGACACUAUUACUUUGUCGCUAAAAGGAUGUGAUAGUUAUACUUGUAUACUGCUUAUCGACGUAUAAAGUGCUUUUUUCUAU